AUGUCCGGCAUACAGACCUACACCUCCGCGCCCCUCAAUUCCAACAAGGAAGAGGAUCAUACUCCUACCCAAGCAACCACCUCAAACCCCGAACCCGCCACCGCAACCGACACUUCAACAACAGCAACCACCGAUCUCCCAAACCCUUCAGCACCAGCUACAGCCACAGCUCCAUCCUACUCUCCUAUCCCUGCACCAGCGCAGAAUGCCCAACCAGGCGCCGCUUCCAGCUUCCCAACACCAACACAAGCAUCCGCCACUGCUGCCCCAACAGCAAACUUAACUGGCACUCCAACAACCACCCUGCCACCAACCUCGUCCUCCCCAGCACCACCUCAACCCGGCGCCGUCCCAACCGCAACACCUCCAAACCAACAAGCACAAUCCCCCGUACCCCCUCCACCAAAAGCAGGCGAAGCCAUCCCCCAACAUCCUCCCACCCACCCAACAGCAUCGGCGCAGGCGCAGGCACAGGCACCACCGGCCGCAUUCACACAGUCCUACUCCUUCCACCGCUCCCCACAGUCCCAUCACACCCCAAACUCAACCUCGUCGCCCUACGCAAAUCUAUAUAACCCCCCAUCCGGCAGCUCACAGCCCGGUCUCCCUCUGCAUAGCGGUGGGGGUGGUGGUGGCAGCGGUGGCGGCGCGGGGGAUAUCUUCCCUGACGAAGAAGAGGGAUUUAUGGGGACGGCUAGGUCGUGGAUGCAGAGUGCUGGGACGAAGUUGGCGGAGGUUGAGGCGGAGGUUUGGAAGCGGAUUAAUGAUGCACAUGGGAAAUAG